CGGGCGGCGGGACAUGCGAUUCGCUGGAUGGAGCAGAGACGGCGCCGUGUGUCCGGCACCCUGGACGAGGCUUUCAUAAGCAGCGCCUGUUGUAGACUUUAUUUUCACAGAACCGUAGAAAAGGGUUUGACAUGCCAUCUUCUGACUGCGUCGCUAAUUGGAGCUUUUGGUUCAUCGUUUCUGUAUGGUUAUAAUUUAUCAGUAGUAAAUGCACCCGCAGUGUAUGUUAAAAGCUUUUGCAAUGAAUCAUGGAUAAGGCACUUUGGAACAACAAUGGAAGCCAAAUCGCUAACUCUUCUUUGGUCUGUAAUCAUCUCCAUUAAUGCCAUCGGCGGUCUGUUUGGGGCACUUAUUGUAACCUUUCUGUUGAAAUAUUUGGGAAGGAAGGGGGCUCUUCUCCUGAAUAAUGGGUUUGCAAUUGUUGCUGCUUUAUUGAUGGCCCUAUGUGAAAAUGCUGAUUCCUUUCAGAUGUUGAUCGUGGGACGUUUUGUCAUUGGAGUGAAUGGAGGAAUAUCUCUCAGUGCCCUUCCAAUGUAUUUGGGUGAAAUUUCACAGAAACAGAUGCGUGGUUCCUUGGGGCAGAUUGUGGGCAUUUUCAUCUGUGUUGGUGUCUUCACUGGCCAGGUCAUGGGAUUGCCGGAGAUACUUGGCACGGAGUCCCUUUGGCCUUUAAUGUUCGGACUAAAUGCAGUUCCAGCCCUGAUACAACUUGCUGUUCUACCCUUCCUUCCUGAAAGCCCUCGGUACUUGCUGUUUGAAAAGAAUGAUGUUUCUAAGGCCAGAAAAGCAUUUCAAGUCCUUUAUGGGAAAGAAGAUGUCACUGAGGAACUGGAGGAAGUCCUGUCAGAGAGAAAAGUCCAGAGCCAGAUCCACUUGGUUUCAGUCUUAGAGUUACUUAGAAAGAAGUGUGUACGAUGGCAAGUCAUCACAGUUGUCGUCAUCAUGGCCUGCUAUCAACUUUGUGGGUUGAAUGCUAUUUGGUUUUACACAAAUAGUAUCUUUAAAGACGCUGGCAUAAAGGAGGAUCACAUUCCAUACCUCACUCUGAGUACCGGUGGCGUUGAGAUUGUGGCUUCAGUUCUCUCAGGUUUGACCAUUGAAAAACUUGGCCGAAAGCCUCUUCUCAUUGGUGGAUUUUGUCUCAUGUCAUUCUUCUUUGGAUUACUCACGCUUUCACUUAACCUGCAGGAUAAAGUGUUCUGGAUGUCAUACGUGAAUGUGUUAUCCAUUCUUGGUGUAAUCACAUCAUUUUGCAUUGGUCCAGGUGGAAUUCCUUUUGUGCUAACCAGUGAGAUGUUUGAUCAAUCUUGUCGAUCUUCUGCAUUCAUGAUUGGUGGGACCGUGAUCUGGCUUUCCAACUUUUUGGUUGGACUUCUUUUUCCUUUUAUCCAGAGUGGCCUGGGAACAUUCUGUUUCCUGCUGUUUGCGGCAAUUUGUCUGCUAGGAUCACUGUAUCUUUGCCUUGUCUUACCCGAAACUAAGAACAAAACCUUUGCACAAAUCUAUCAAUCAUUUGCCAAAAUCAACAAGGUGCCCAAGCAAGAAAGCAGACAGAUGACUGAAAUGGAAACUGAACUGGAACCAAACUUUCUGAUGACACCUUUAGAUAAAGUGAUGGGAGACAAAGCAAAUGAGGGCUCCAACGCUGUUCAGAGUAUUGCUUAAUUUAAGGACCAACAAAUCUUUCUAAAUUAUAAUCAUUAUGCAUUUAUAUUCAAAUAAAGACAAUGCACCAAAUACUCGGCAAAUCGGGCAUCAUCUAUGAAGAAUCAAUCAUAUCUACAUCUAUAUUACUUAUUACAGUGUUUUUGAAUCUCAUUCUGCACCGUUUACCAAAAAUUUCUUAAGAGGGAAAUGUAUGCCAAUUGUAAUAAUUUGUUUGAGAGCUGCGCUAUCAUCUGGGUACUGACAAUGAAAAUAGUUACAGGCUCACAAGAAGAAAAAGAGGGUAUGAAUAUGUAUGAAAGGAAAGUGGCUGAUUGUGAUCAUCUCUUCGUUAAAAUAAAUUGUAUCAGGCUGCUAAUGUAUUAGUCUACUCGACUUCAAAUUAAACAUGUCAAUUGUUGAAGUACAUGUCUCUUGA